AUGAAGCGCGGUCGCACCGCCAAAGCUGACGUCGUCGCCGAGCCCCCCAAGAAGCGCGGUCGCCCUGCGAAAGCACAAGCUGAAGAGCCCGUCGAAGCCGCGCCGGAGCCUAAGAAACGCGGUCGCCAGGCCAAGGUUGCGCCGGAACCCGCUGUCGAAGAGGCGGCAGUAGUAGCAGUCAAGAAGGGUAGAGGAAGGCCUAAAAAGGACGCCGUUGUUGUGCAGGAAGACGCGCCGGUCAAGAGCCGUGGACGCCCCAAGAAAGACGCUGCUGCAGUCGACCUUCACCGCGUUGCUGGCUCUCCCCGUAUCGGCAAGAGGUCGUCUCCUCGCAACAACAAGGUCAAGACUGUCAAGCCGGAGCCCCUCGCUCGCCGCCUCGAUCCUCGCAUGCGAUCGAAAUUGCGCACCCGGCUCCCAGCCAAGACCGAACCAGUACCUCAGCCAGCUCCAAAGCCCACUUCUAGACGCGGACGUCCGCCCAAGGUCGCUGCCGCUGCCGCUGUCAUUGCUCCAAAGCAAGUCACAAAGCCGUCAAAGCCCCUCGCCCCUCGGAAGAUGCGCGGUCAUACCGUGCGCCAGAUUCCCGAUCGAUACGUCGCACAGAUCGACCAAUACCUCCACGACCUCAUGGAAGCCGACGAGUCUCCUGUCGCAGAGGAGCAAGAGGACGGCGUAGUCGUUGAAGUUGAAGAUGCCCAGGAUGCGCUUGUGUCUUCAGAGCAGGAUCGCGAUCAAUACCAAGAGGACAGUGACGGCGGUAUCGAUAUGAACGGUCAACAAGACGUUGAAGACGAGGAGGACAUGCAGGCUGUAGCUGCGCUUCAGCAGCAGGAGAGAGAGGAGUACGACGAGUUCCCCGAAGAGCUCCCCGAGAACGACGACCCUCAGUACCCAGAGGAGGGCGAGAACGACGAGAAUAUCGAGCCGGUACAUGAGGAGGAGAUUGAGAUGAGCAUGCACGACGUCGAGAUGGAGGCGGACGCGGAUGGUAACACCCUCCUCACCACCAUCGACACCGACAUUGUUGUCCGUGACGAUAGCCCUCCCCUAGAUGUCGAAGAGGAGGAUGGUCUUCUCAACGCGACUCCCCCCAGGUCUUCAGCGGCUGCUGCUAUCUUCAGCUAG